GUGAUCUGGCGCUGAACAAAAUUUUUGACCUCGUAAACAGCGUCGACCCGGAAGGUCAACGAACAGUUGUGGUCUUCACAAAAAUCGAUAAAUGUGUGGUCGAUAAAAGUCGGCUCCAAAAACUGCUCCAACAAAUCGCAAACCAGGACUACCAUAAGUACAAACAUUGUGUGUUUGUGAACAGUGCAGCUAAAAACGACGCCCAGGAAGCAGAAAUAUUUCGACCUAUAUGCAAGGAAUUUGGAAUACCUCCAGACCAUUGCUCGUUCCAAAACUUGUACAAAAAAGUAUGCUACAUGCUACUUAAACCUAUUUUGGAAGAGUUUCGAUCAUCUUGGACGAAUGUUGAAAAUUUAAGAUGCGAUAUUGGCGAAGAAUUGAACGGACUUCCGGAAACAGAGCAAAACACGUCCGAGGCCGUUGACAAAAAAUUGCAAAAAUUCAUCGAAGCUGCAAGGGAUACCUUAAAAGGAAAUUACUCUCCUCACGUGAUAACACAAGAUAUGUUUUCGCGGCAGCGAGUGUGCUUUGAGAGAUUCAAGCAGUGCUACCAGCAAAAAAUGGUGGAUGUCGAGAACUCGAAAAACAUGGGAGAGGUGGUAUCAACCUGGAGAAAGGGCGAAUUGGUGAAUUUUCACAACUAUGCAAACUUCAAAACAUACGCAGUGCCUAUUGUGACGUCAUUUGUGGGACCUGCAAUGAUCUGCAAAGAAGAAAUUCGAAAUCUGAACAGGGAAGUCAUCAUGCAAUUGGUGUUUGAAAUGUUCGAUGGCCAGCAGGGUCAUAUUGAUUUCCUGUUAGCAAGACUGAAAACAAUUUUUGAAAAUGCACAACAAAUUUUGAGUGGGCAACUUGAGAAUGUGCACAAGUAUGAGCAGUAUUUCUACACUGACGAUCAUUUGUACCUGAAAAUUCUGAAGAGGUUAGACCUUGAUGAACGAAUGGAACAAAUGCGACAAACUUACAAAAGAAUCAAAAGCAAAUCAGCAGGCGGAUCACGUGUUGGUAUCAACCUGAAGGUUCCAAACGAUGAUGACGAUGACGAAGAUACAGACUUCCGGAAGAGAUCCAACACUAGGAUCCGAUUCGAAACUCAUGAUGACGACACUGCUGAUUUCAUGGACAUGAUGUCUAGUUGUGACGGGUUGUUUGGUGAUGAUGUUUUGAAGUACGAAUCACAGAAAAAAGCCACAUACGAGUCGGCGCUGGAGGUCCUGAAAGACCUGGCGAUGGAUCGGAUCUCAAUCGUGGUUCCGUCUACUAUCUUGUACUACUUGAACGACGAAGUGCAGCGUGAAAUCCAGAUGAUUGACAGAGAGGUGAAGGAUUUCUGUGAGCUGCAAUGGAGCAAUUCGAAAUCGGAAAUGAGAAGGAAAGAGCUGGAAGAGCAGGAGCUGCUGAUCAGCAAAUGGCAGCUGGAGUACCUGAAGAUUGAGAGUCAAAUCAAAAGCGCAUCCUCAUGAGAGUAACAAAAACUGAGCUAUUAUAUGGACUAAAUAAAGACUCACCAAUGUCUGAACACUAAAUUCAUCAAUCUUAAUUCAACGGUAUUAUGUUUUAGGUUUCAUAUCAACAAUUUAUUAUUGUUAAAUUGCAAGA